AUGAGCCCUGCUUUCCAAUAUUCCUCCCAGGUUUUUAUCGAUUUUCAUGGCCAUUCGAGACAGAAGAAUGUCUUCCUCUAUGGCUGCAGCCCUCGGGAAACUUGGCGCUGCAGUGCACCCAUCGCCAGUCCCACCGGAUCUGACAACGGGGGCAAGAUUCGUCGCGAAUUGUCCUUUUCACGUAAUGGUAAUUUAGAUUGGCUAGAGGCUUGUCGUCAGCUCGGAGCUUGGCUCAUUGAGUCUGCCUCCUCUUCUACUACAUCACUGGCUACAUUUACCAGAGAAAUUGAUUCCUGUUCUUACCUAAUCAAGACGAUCUGGGAUGGACUAAUAAGCAUGAUAGAUUUUGACUUAGUCCCCUCCAUUUCGUCUGUUGCAGACCUCCUGUUGACCAGAGAUGAAGGGGCUCUGAGCAUUCAGCCUGCUUCUUUGACCAAUAAUGAAACUAUGAGUAGACAAACUCGAGUGGAUACACAGAAUCCAGCUUGGAGAGGUGAUCUUGGCCUGCCUGAGGACGACGAAUCAUGUCGCGAGUUAGAGCGAUUGAUGAGCCUAUUUUCUCCAGCAUUUUCUCGUUCUACUUGUGGCUACUCUGUGAGCCGGGUUAAGGAGUCAACUGCGCGCGUUGUUGUUUGGCGAGAGUUUCAUGUUCUUAGGUCCUUUACGAUGGAGGCAUCAUAUUGUGGCGUAGAUCAAAACUGUUGGCCAAUGUCAAGACCAAAAGAUUCCGCAUCUACUGAUAAGGGUCAUCAGCUGAACACCCAACAUCUAGAGUCUAUUGGAGCGGCACUUUGUAACGCGUUGUUGCUUUUGCCGCAGUUUGAUCGCCGACGUCUGCUGAAAAAAGCGGAUGAACUGACCUCUUUUAUGUUGGCUAACAUGCUACAGCUUCACGAUAGUCAGAACAACUCACUGUCAGCCCAGUUUGCACCUAGUAACUCGUCACCAUCUCAAGCUUUGCCGCCAUUGUCUCCGCCACUUGGGUUUAGUUCUCCUUCAUCCUAUGAUAAGUUGCCUUUAAGAGAACAAGUCAAGAAAAAUCCGGAUCUUGCUCCUGAUCCUUCCUUUUUAAUCUCGACUUUGGUAUCUGAAUCUUCUUCACUGUUGUCCCUAACUUCGGACCAAACUAAGCACGGUACUCGGAUUCUUCGUAAUCUCAGUUCAAACACCCCUCAAGCUGGUGAUACUCUUUUAUCAUCUACAAAAAUAGUCCGCCCACCCUCUACCUCCUCUUUGUCAUCAGUCUUUUCUUCCUCUUCCUCUUCCUCUUCCUCUUCCUCUCGCUCUUCGAUCUCCUCGGCAAAGCCUUCCUACUCCCUUUCUUUAGAAUCUGUCCUUCAGUUAGACCCACCAGCAACCGAUCAUUCGACUAGCCUAGGAACCCGAUUAUCUGCGGUUCGCUCAAACUCAGACUCCAACUUUUCUUCUGUUCUUAAGACCCGAGUAGGUUCAAAAGACCGUCGCAACUCUCUUCUAGGCAUCUAUCAACCUGGUGUCACGUCGAGCCAAUAUGAUCGGCCGCUUGAGUUGUUGCGUCGUAGACUUAUUCUACAAGGCAAGGGGAGAUCGCGCGACCGACCAGACGAAUAUUUACAGUUCCACCAAAAAUUGAACUUAAAAGAUGAUCAAUUGCAUCAGCAUCAAGAACAAUGCCAAUCUCAUUCUAAGCAAAAGUUGGCCUCUUUACGGAGGACAUCUGGGUGUCUGAGGAAACUGCAAACUCUGGUGUCUGUUCCUGCUACCACAAACUGUACCGCAGUUGAGCGAUUGAAAAGGUCCACUCCACGAAAAUGUGUCAACAAAAGUAAAUUGGUCUCUCACUGCAAAAAAUGGCAUCUAAGGAACCAUUCUGACAAACUUGAUUCGCCUGCAGCCGUACAAGGACUAACUGCAGAAGAGAGGAAAGUUGAUCAAUAUAUUGUUCGGUCUGCGAGACAUGAAGUUAGGCUACUUAGUAGCCUCGAUGCAGGUGGAAUUUUUGAAUCUGAAGAGGUGAAAGGUAGUAAAAUACGACGAAGGAAAACAAUCCGAAACCCCAAGCUGGGCAGAAGACGGUCUGCCGUCAGCACCAAAUAA